AUGAACGACAGUUAUAAAUACACCUUGAUGUCUAUUGAGGGCAUGACAUGUUGUUCUUGCGUAAAAUUGAUAGAGGAUGUUAUAGGCGAAAUAAAUGGUGUCAUUAAUGUUUCAGUUUUUUUAACAUUCGAGAUAGCAUUAGUGCAGUAUGAUAUUUCUGCAGUAAGCGAAAAUGAUCUUGUCAAUAAAGUGAAUGAUAUGGGGUUUGAUGCUCGCUUAUUAAUUUCCAAAGAAAUUUUUACUAAUUCAAGUGAGAAAAUAUUUGAUAAUAAAAUUGAUAGCACAAAUACUGUCAGAGGAAACCAAAAAAUUGAAACAAGAGUAAAUAUGUCGUCAGCAUCUUCAUCAAAGUGCUACCUACAAAUUUUUGGAAUGACUUGUGGUUCAUGCGUUGCUCACAUUGAAAAUCAUGUUUCCAAACAGUUUGGUGUUUGUAGUAUCUUGGUUUCAUUGUUGGGCCAAACAGCAGAAGUUGUUUACAAUGCUGAUCUUAUAUCUCCCAAUGAAAUAACAAAGCAUAUAGAAAAUAUUGGAUUUGAAGCCCAAGUUGUUGAUGAGGGUUACAUUGACAAAAAAUUAAAAUUGCUUAACAUUACUACAUAUCUGCAUUCAGGUGUUGUUUCCUGUGAUGUUAAUUCGUCAUUGCUUGGAUCAUGUUCAAUAAGCAUCAUUUAUAAUGCAAACUGCAUUGGGCCAAGAAAAAUUCUGCAAAUAAUUACGCAUCAUGAUCUCCACGUGAAGUGCAUUUCUUCUAAGCCUUUUGAAUCAUCCUCAAAUGAUCAUAACAAGGAAGUCAAUAUAUGGAAAAAUUCUUUAAAAAUUUCUUUGUUGUUUGGCAUCCCGAUGACAGUUGUCAUGUUUUACUUCAUGUUUAUUUUGGGUAAUGAAAGUAAAUAUUGCAUUAUAAAUGAUGACAUCCUUGUACCAGGGUUAUCUCUCAGAAACCUUCUUCUUGUAGUAAUUACUUCCCCUGUUCAGAUUUUGGCUUUCAAAUUAUUCUAUAAACGAGCUUUCAAAUUUUUGCGUUAUGGUCAAGCAAAUAUGGAUGUUCUCAUUACUCUUGCUUCAUUAACAUCCUUCUUUUACUCUAUAAUCGUACUUUUAAUUGCUGUUCUGUGUAUAAGAAGUCAAAGUAGUCCAAAAACGUUUUUUGAAACAACUCCUAUGUUAAUGGUAUUUAUUUCAUUUGGAAGAUGGAUGGAACAUUUGGCUAAGAAAAGAACAUCGGAAGCAUUAAACAAAUUAUUGUCAAUGCAGUCAACUGAAGCUGUUGUUGUUGAGCUCGAUGAAGAAGGUGCUGUCCGUACGGAACAGAGUUUGCAACUUGAACUGGUUGAAAGAGGUGACAUAUUAAAGGUUCGUCCAGGGGAAAAGAUACCAGUCGAUGGUAAAGUGAUAAGCGGAUACUCAUUAUGUGAUGAAUCAUUCAUAACUGGGGAAUCUAUGCCCGUUGCUAAAACCACUGGUUCACAGGUGAUUGGUGGGUCACUCAAUCAAAAUGGCCAGUUGUUGUUGAGGGCAACUCAUGUUGGGGUUGACAGUGCUCUUUCGCAAAUUGUCAAGUUGGUGCAAGAAGCUCAAACUAAUAAAGCUCCUAUCCAACAGUUAGCCGACGACAUUGCUGGAAUAUUUGUGCCUGUAGUUGUCAUCAUCUCCAUCGUCACAUUAUUUUUUUGGGUUAUUAUUGGCUUCCAUACAAAAACUGUUGACGGGUCGAACGAGGUAUACGGAAUUAGUCAUCAAAAUCGUGAAUUGAUAAUUCAAAGAGCUUUUAAAUUUGCAAUUACGGUUUUAUGCAUAGCAUGUCCGUGUGCUUUAGGUCUAGCCACACCAACAGCUGUCAUGGUGGGUACAGGGGUUGGGGCCAUCAAUGGUAUUCUUAUCAAAGGUGGUCUUCCUCUUGAAAGAGCACACAAAGUUAAUACAGUGAUAUUUGAUAAAACUGGUACAAUUACUCGUGGUACUCCGCAAGUAUAUUCUGUUCAUCUUUUUGGAGAUUGUUGCCUACCGUUUCUGAUAUCAUUAAUUGGAACAGCUGAAUCAUCUAGCGAACAUCCUAUUGCUAAUGCCAUUGUUGAUCACGCUAAAAAAAUUUUAUGUAUAGAACAGUUGGGUCAUGUUACGAACUUCAACAACUUUGCUGGACUUGGCAUCGAAUGUGAUGUCACUUCUCUAGAUGCAGUUAUUAAAGAAGCUUAUAAACAUGGUGUUUACAUUUCGUCUACUGAAGAUUUUAAGUUGUCAUAUCAUAUAAUUGUUGGGAACCAAGAAUGGAUGAAGCAGAAAAAUAUUUUCAUCGCCACUGAAAUAAAUGAAAUGAUGGAAAAACAAGAAAAUAAUGGGCACUCGCAUGUGUUUUGUGCUAUCGAUGGCAAAUUAGUUGCGGUCAUUAUGAUAGCAGAUCAAAUAAAAGUAGAAGCCCACUUGGCUGUUUACACCCUGAAGAAAAUGGGUUUAGAUGUUGUUCUCUUGACUGGUGAUAAUAUUAAAACUGCAGAACACGUAGCUAGACAGGUUGGAAUUGAAGAUGUUUUUGGAGAAGUUCUUCCUUCUGAUAAAGUGGCUGUUAUCAAGUGGCUGCAAAGUCAAAAUAAAGUAGUGGCCAUGGUUGGUGAUGGAGUAAAUGACUCACCCGCACUUGCACAAGCAGAUAUUGGUAUUGCUAUCGGAUCUGGUACCGAUGUAGCUGUGGAAGCAGCUGAUGUUGUUCUUAUCCAGAAUGACUUGCUAGAUGUGGCAAAUGCUAUCUUAUUAUCGAGCAAAACAGUUCAAAGAAUAAAGGCAAAUUUUAUAGCUGCGACAAUUUAUAAUUUUUUGGCUAUUCCAUUGGCGGCAGGUUUGUUGAUGCCGCUUGGACUGCAGCUUCAACCGUGGAUGGCUUCUUUUUUGAUGGCCAUGUCUUCUCUAUCAGUUAUCGGAAUUUCUCUCAUGCUCAAAUUGUACGUUUAUUAA